UCUGCAUGAGCGACGUGCUGGGCUGGAACCUGACCUUCUUCCUGCUGGACAUCGGUCACAUCGCGCUGCUGCUGUACCGCCACCUGCCGGCCAGGAUGCCCGUCACCCACAUCAGUCUCUAUCAGAAGGUGUUCCGCCCGCUGCGGAUGUCGCAAUCGGAGUUCAUUCACCUGUGUCGCGAGGGUCGAGUGGAAAGAUUAUCAAAAGGAGGCUUCUAUGCCAUGGAGGGCAUGACACCUUGCGCGCGCCGGCUAGCCAUCUUGUUGAAGGGGAGGUUAAAGGUGACUUAUCGCCAUCUGUUUCUGCAUCACAUCGAACCCAACCAGUUCGCGGAUGCCGCUGAGUAUGAUGCAGUGAGGUUACAGCCAGGGACUUGUGUAACCUAUCAGGUGACAAUAAGUGCCUCGGAUGACAGUCUUCUGCUGAUCUGGGAGUACGCCCGGCUCCAGGAGUACCUGGCCACACAGCCCUUCGUGUGCACCUUGCUGCACUACCUGAUAGGUAAGGACGUGUGCAGCCAGCUGUACGUCAUCCAGGAGCGGCUGCUGCAGGCCCCGGACUACAUGUCCACCCUGGCCAGCAGACAUUCGUCUAUGGUCAACCUGCGGUCGUGCCUGGCAGCCAACGACUCGUCAUCAUCGCUGACGAGACUGGCCCUUGACCUGACAGGUCAGUCAGCACGGCAUGCAAGUCAACAGCCGAGCCUGCGGGGGGCACUCAGGCUGUUUCGCCCAUGACAGUGGAGACCAGCGUGUGACAAACCCACUCUCAGCAGACCGGAAGCUGUUUGUGAACAACUUUGGGAUAGACCCGGAAGUGAGCUGGACAAGCCGAAAUCUUUCUGUUGGGGACGAAACGUCUGUCCUCUGGCUUCCCAUGGUGCUGAUCUAAACAUAGAAAAUAUGAAAUAUGAAAAAGUGAGUCCGAAGCCGGCCGCGAAGGUGUGAUGCAGUAUUACUCAAGAUGGAGUCCUUCUCAGGAAGGCUCGAGCUUUCGAUUGUGGGCGGGUCUCAGCAGCAUUAAUUAAAACUCUUUGUAAAACUCUCAUAAAAACUCGCCUUUUUCGUCGAAGAUAAACGAUUGAUGAUCGACAGCAAAAGUCAAUUCUGACCUGUCUACUGAGGAUGUUAUUCUUCAUGUUAGAAAGAAAAAACAACAACAAUCCUGUUAUUGCAUGGUGGACUAGUGGAGAAAUUCAUCUCUGAGAAAAGAAAUCAGUUCUCAGAAAGCAGAGGGAGCUUUGAUAAAUGCAAAUCUGUGCUGUCGACAUCUUUUACCGGACAAACUACCCUCAGGAUCAGUUUGCUAUUAAAACUAUGUCCCGUGUGGCAAUUGCGUUCAGUGAGUGCUCUGCAGUGAGGAGAACCUUAGAUGUUGAUAGGUGAGGUCACUAAAUGUGGAGCAAUACUAACAGUCAAUACAUCAUGGACAGACAUCUUUUCCAGCAAUAUGUCUUGUAUAUUUUGUUGACGACUGACAGUAGAAGUAGACGCAGUAAUUGCAAAUAGGUGUAGCAGGUCUGUAGGUUCUGUGGCCAGUUGAGGUCUAGUCUGUAAACUUCCAGCAACUAGACAUGAGCUGCUUUCACUUGAAUAUUUCCAAGGAACUCUUGUGAGGAGAAGGUGGGUCCGGAUUCAAAGAAGUUCAGAAGCAUUACAAAGAAUCCAUGUGUCUAGCUGUUGCUGUCUAUGGGUAGAGUGGUUCAUUGCUAGCUUGCUUGUAUGUUUGUGAUUGUAAGAUAGGUUAGUUUGUAGGACGAUAUUUUCCUUUGUCCAGUCAAGCGCUGAAUAAAGAUGCUUUGGUCAGCGACUGACCGGAUGUGAGUUUGCUCCCUUAAUCUUCACACAACGACGAAUUUCUCAGAACGCAUCUUCGCAAAUGACAUGGCUGUUGAAAUCGUGGAGAAAAAAAGAGGGAUGAUAGAAGAGAGAAAUCUCACAGAUACCAAGCAUACAAGAUCAUUCUGCAAAGCUCUAGCUUUUAUUUUCGUAUCUAACGAGAGGAAAGACUAAAUUCAAUAUUUUGUUUGCCUUGACUGAGUUCAGUGUGUAACUAUUUCAAAGCCAAUAAGACUGAAACGACUAAGUCCAUGUAAAAUGUUGAUUUAACAUGAUCAUUUCUCAAUAACUAAGUUAAUCGUGCAGUUGUGCUUUGUUUGUUACCAGAGUUUUCUAUGUAGCUCGUUUUCAUUUCGAAUUUGUCUUAAGUCCCGCUGUAACGUGUUUAUAUAUUCAAUUCUAAGUCGAUGUUUCGCUUGUUCUAUUUUGUGUUAAAGCCACGCUGCUGUCCGGUGUAUUUUCCAUGAAAAAUUAUUUAUUAUGCAUCUUUUGCUUGACGAAAUGCUGCCCAUCGUACUGAAUGUGAAAAUAGUUUAAUAAUUUCUUUUAAUUUGUCACCUUCAUUAUCGUUAUUAUCAUCCUCGAUAUUAUCAUCAUACCUAUCUUUAUCAUCAUUAUCGUCAUUCACCUUUACUGCCACAGUUACAUUGCCGUCAUCUUACCAUCGACUAAGUUAAUUUGCUGAAUUAUUUAUUUACGCUGUGAAAAAACUUGUAUAGUUUACCUCCCGUGGUUCAUAUUUUAUUAUUAUAUUUUUGUAUUCCUGUUGCUUUUUCAAAAUGGACAAACAUCUAAUUCAGCAUUAUUUUGUUUCAGAGUUUUGUAACUUUGUUUUGUGUCUAACUUGUUUUUCUGGAGUCUCGCUAAAUAGAACUGUCUUCAAGAGUGAUACACAGGCAAAGACAAUGACACCACCAUAAGAUUGCAAUAAUAGUUUGGAACUAUGAAAAACAGAGAAAACUGACUUACUUCUCGGUACUUUCAUUUAAAGUUCUGACUGUCAUUGAAGUCUUUUUUUCCCUCCUUGGUUUUAGUUGGAGUCAUCUCCCUGACUUCGUAAAAGGCAGUUCUUUGAUAUAUAUAUCAUGCUGCUUUGUAGUAGAUUGUAGAAGUGAUUUUAUGUUAAAAUACUUCCUGCUGCUUUCGUUGUCGUUCUUGGCUUCAACCCUGCAUUGCAGCGUUAUAUUAAAUUGAGAAAGAUAUUGUAUACGCAUGUUGCCUCGGAACCAGCGCCACCUACAAUGUAACGACAAGUAAUUACAAUGUUAUGUUUGUAUGGUGUUUAUGUAUUUUAUGUUUGCUACAAAUGUGAUGUAUGUUAUGCAUUUUGUAUGUACAUUAUAUGUGUAAAAUAUGUAUAUAUGUAAUAUAAUGAAUGUUCAGUACAUCAUUAUGUACGCAUUGACAUGUGACACACUCUGCGUUCUGUUUUUCGGUACAGUCAUUGUGUAACAACUGCAUGCCUUAGACUAACCCUGUUAAUCUUCAUUGUGUAGAUAACUGCGAGCUUCCCUGUUAUAGAUAUGUUGGUCCCCCAGUGGCCGAUCCUUUUGUUGCUGAUGAGGUCUUGAAGCUUUGGUAAAAUCCCCGAACCGUACAGUAUUACAGUAUGUACCUGUGUUGACAUUAUACAUGCUGUGAGACCGAGAGGUUACAAUAAAAGAAUGCCAGAAAAAUUAAUUAAAUUUAAUGAACUAAAUAAUGGAAAUCUCUCUUCCCUGCAUCUGCUCUGUUUCCUCUCUCCAUUCUGUUCGGUAGGUUUUUUUUCCUCCUUAUAUCUCUUUUUAUAUUUCUCUUUCCAUCCAUGGUGUCACUUAUUGAGGACUGGUGCCGAACUAUUUUGCGCCUGGGGUGAUAGAGAGACGCUCACCCUCUCCAACUAUCUCUCUCACUCUCUCACACACACACAAAACCACACACACAUUCAACAAUAAGCUUGUUUGUUCAGGUCAUCAAUGACCAACUUAAAAUCUGACGAUUAAGCAUCGGCACCAACCCUGGCAAUAUAGCAUCUUCCUCUCCAAUGAUAAUACAAGCUCUCAGUGUUAUUGCCCACACACACACACUCCCUUUUCAGAAUGUGUGCCCCUGACAAUAAUCUGUUUCGUCCAAUUGUAAAACCGACUCUUAUCACGUCUUAGAAACUUGAUAUUCAGUCUUAAAGUUCAUACAGGAUCAAAACAUCUUUUAAGUGC